GCCCAGGCCCAUUGUUUUGUCAAUGAAAGCGUUUCUCCACUCUCUGGAGCUGAAGCCAUGGCGACUCUGAUACGGCGGCGUUUGCUCUGCACGAGCGCCAAGGCGGGGAAGAAAUGGGCGGUGAAGGAGGUGACGAAGGCGAAUUUUUCGGAGGCGGUGGAGGAGUUCAAGGACGACCUGGCCGGGUCGGACUUUGUGGCCGUGUCGCUGCAGAAAACGGGGUCGUUUUCGGCGGGAUGGCACCGCGCGCUGCCGUUCGACACGAACGACACGGCGUAUUUGAAGGCGAAGUACGCGGCGGAGCGUUUCCAGGUGCUUCAGUUCGCCGCCUGCCCUUUCAGUCUUAGAGCCUCCAAGCUCACCGCUCACCCAUAUAACUUUAUAUUGUUCCCUAGAGAUGAACUGAAGGUGGGGAUGCCGUCUUAUAGUUUUUCGGUUCAAACAUCACAUUUGACAUACAUGGCUCAAGAGGGUUUUGAUUUUAAUGCCUGCAUAUAUGAUGGUAUAUCGUACUUGUCUAAAGCACAAGAAUCUGCAGCUAAAGUGCGGAUAGGGAAUCCGACGCCCGGAAACUAUGUAGUAGAUUCUUCCUUAACGCAUACUGUUGCUGAUACGAUUUUUAUUGAGAGAAUUAAAUCACGAGUUAAGCAUUGGAAAAAUGCGUGCAAGAAAUCAGGCUCAAGGACAGAUGAUGCUCUGCUGAGUUCCUUGAGAAAACUUGUGAUGGGGACUGAAAUUUAUGGAUCGAGACCAUGCAUGAAUAUAGAUGUUUGCAGCGAGCGUCAAGUACAGCUUGCACUGGAGAUGCUAAAAGAGUUCAGUGAUGAACUUGUUCCUUUAAUAAUCCCAGCAAAUGGUGGAGGUACUCAGUCUGUUCGAGUUGUUUUGACAAGUUCUAAAGAGGACAAGGACUUGUUUGAGAGAGAGCUUCAAAACGUUGUGGAGGAACAAAACAAGAGGGUUCGUGGAUUUCGAGAGGUGAUCGAUUUGAUUUCUGCUUCACAGAAACCUGUUGUCUCCCACAAUUCCCUUAAUGAUUUCACGUUUAUUCAUUCAAAAUUUCUCUCUCCCCUGCCGGCUAACGUAGAUGAGUUCACAGGCUCCUUGAGCUUGGUUUUUCCCCACAUACUUGAUAUCAACCAUCUGAUGAAGAAUAUUGGCCCUUUAAGGAAGGUGACCAAUAGACCUGCAGCUAUUUCCUACCUGAAUAAUCAUUACUUUGCACCUAUUGAUUUGGAAACUUUACCUCAAGAAAAUGAAGGGAAAAUUCAUAGGCAUAAUGUCGUGAAGAUGUGUUAUUUGUUUGCGAAGCUCUGCACCAUUCUGAAAAUUCCGGAGAAUGCUAAGCUAUCUAACAAUCACCUAUUAGCUCCAGCCCUUGACGUGUACACUAACAUAUCCAAUCCCUUCUCUGACAUUCCCCAGGAAUCAAUCAAUGAGGAUAUCAGAAUCUGGAGAAAUAAUAUGAGAAAAAUCAGCUGUGAUAAUUUGGUAUUCUUAUGGGGAUUUAGAAGUGGGUUGACCGCUGGAAUGCUGAAGAGCAUGUUGCACAAGUCACAUGAUGUUUUCUCUGAAGACUUUGAUGUUCGGUUAGUAGAUAAGAGCUGUGCCAUUGUUGUUUUCUGGCAACCUGGUUUAUCGGGAACUUUCCUUGAUGUUGUGAGUGACGAAGCCAUCUGUGGAUCAUUGAGGGAGAUGGUCUCAGAGGGCCUAAGAGCAACGAGUUAUAGAACUUACAAGAGAGUCUGUAAGUUGGGCUUAUGGGAGGCAGAUUUAGCAGAGUCCUUGGACAAAGCUUUAGAAGAUCCAGACUACAGUAUGGAAGCUGAUUCAACAACAAACGGCAGAGAAAUUCUUUGGUCUACUGACUCUAUGAUUAAUUUUGAUGACCUCUAAUAUGACUGUGUAACUCACUACCCCACUCCUAAUGUCAGUGAGAUUUGAAUAUGUGACCUCCACGGUAUUAGUUAGGCUAACUAACUAGUAGGUGACCGCUCACCGACAUGACAUAGAAUUGUUAGAGAUUCGAGUAGGGUGUAAUGUAUUCGAAU